GGCUCCUUCCGUUGACCGACCGAUAUCCACAUCCACUUGUUUGAUAAUUGAACUCUCUACCUACCAAGUACUUACAUGUCAUGUACUCGUACAUAAUACUGACAUCGUACAUAUUCCACUCCCACCUAGUUUCCAAUCUGCAGUUGGUUGGCUGAUAAUUAAAUUCCCAUCGUCUCCCUCCAUCCUUGAUCCUUUUAUGUCACUUGGUCUUCGUCCUCGUUUGAAAGCUCGGCCCUCAUUCUUAGAUCUCAUCAAAAUCCAACAUAUUGAUACCUUGUCAAUAGCUCCAGUCGAGCUUAAUCCAGAGCCAUUACCACAACUUCCUCUAUCACCCUCUCCAACAACAAUCCAAUUCAUAGUUCCUAAUCCAAGCAAAGAAAUCGCCAACAUGGCCCCUCAACGAGAUGCAGACGGAGAGGAUCAAUUUGGUUCAAUUUACUCCGUAUCAGGUCCUGUCGUGGUGGCAGAGAACAUGAUCGGAGUUGCCAUGUACGAGUUGGUCAAAGUCGGUCACGAUAACCUUGUCGGUGAAGUUAUUCGAAUCGAAGCGGAUAGAGCGACUAUUCAAGUGUACGAGGAAACAGCUGGUGUUACUGUUGGAGAUCCCGUUGUGCGCACUGGAAAGCCUUUGUCCGUCGAGUUGGGUCCAGGUCUUAUGGAAACAAUUUACGAUGGUAUUCAAAGACCUCUCAAAGCUAUCGCAGACAAUUCCCAAAGUAUCUACAUUCCCCGUGGUGUUUCCGCUCCGGCUUUAAACAGAGAAAAGGAUUGGGACUUCAAGCCGAUUAUGAAGGUUGGAGAUCACAUUACUGGAGGCGAUAUUUGGGGUACCGUCUACGAGAACUCCCUCUUGGACGACCACAAAAUUCUUUUCCCACCCAGAGCCAGAGGUACAAUUACCCGCAUCGCUGAAAAGGGAAGCUACAAGGUCGACCAAAAGAUCCUCGAGGUUGAAUUUGAUGGCAAGAAGACCGAAUAUAGCAUGAUGCACACAUGGCCUGUACGUGUGCCACGACCAACUACCGAAAAAUUGGCAGCAGACAAGCCAUUUAUCGUUGGUCAACGUGUUUUGGAUGCCCUUUUCCCUAGUGUUCAAGGAGGAACCGUUGCCAUCCCAGGUGCUUUCGGUUGUGGUAAGACUGUUAUUAGUCAAUCUGUUUCCAAGUUCUCGAACAGUGAUAUUAUUGUAUAUGUUGGAUGUGGAGAGCGUGGAAACGAGAUGGCUGAAGUCUUGAUGGAUUUCCCAGAACUUUCCAUUGACAUAGAUGGACGUAAAGAGCCUAUCAUGAAGCGUACCACACUUAUUGCUAACACAUCCAACAUGCCUGUCGCUGCUCGUGAAGCUUCUAUUUAUACUGGUCUCACGAUAGGAGAAUACUUUCGCGAUCAGGGUAAAGAUGUCGCCAUGAUGGCUGAUUCCACAUCUCGUUGGGCUGAGGCUCUUCGUGAAAUUUCUGGUCGUUUGGGAGAGAUGCCUGCUGAUCAAGGUUUCCCCGCCUAUCUUGGAGCUAAACUUGCUAGUUUCUACGAACGUGCUGGUAAAGUUCAAGCACUUGGUGGACCUGACCGUGAAGGUAGUGUCAGUAUUGUCGGUGCCGUCAGUCCCCCUGGUGGUGAUUUCUCCGAUCCUGUGACAAGUAGUACUUUGGGUAUUGUGCAAGUUUUCUGGGGUCUCGAUAAGAAACUUGCUCAACGUAAACAUUUCCCUUCUAUCAACACUUCAGUCAGUUACAGUAAAUAUACUACCGUUCUCGACAAAUACUACGAAAAGGAUUUCCCCGAAUUUCCCAGACUUCGAGACCGCAUCAAGCAACUUCUAUCUGAUUCUGAAGAAUUAGAUCAAGUCGUACAAUUGGUUGGAAAAUCAGCAUUAUCCGACCCUGACAAGAUUACUUUGGAUGUAUCUUCAUUGAUCAAGGAAGAUUUCUUGCAACAAAAUGGUUACAGUGACUAUGAUCAAUUCUGUCCUAUUUGGAAGACUGAAUGGAUGAUGAAGGCAAUGAUGGGAUUCCACGACGAGGCUCAAAAAGCAGUCGCACAAGGUCAAAGUUGGGCUAAAGUACGUGAAGCUACUGGAGAUCUUCAAUCCCAAUUGAGAAGUAUGAAAUUUGAGGUUCCAAGUGAAGGCGAGGAAAAGAUCACAAAGAAGUACGAGGAUCUUGUUCAAGCUAUGACUGAUAAGUUCGCUUCGGUUACCGAUGAGUAAAAGAAAGCAUAAUAGGCGAUUGUUUUGGGGGAAGCGGUAUGGUGGUUUGCAUUUCUUGCUUUAGCUUGUACCAAAGUUUUGUUGGGUGAUAGAUAUGAGAUUGUAUGCAUAUAACGAGCGAAUGGACUUCAUAAAAAAAUGAAUAUUCUUCAACA